CUCCUCCAUCAUCAGAUGCGCUGCUGCUCUGCAGGCAGCAUGCCGCUCCCGCGCACGAUGCUCCCAUCCAUAAGAAGCGUCGGGCCCGCGACGCCUCGCCACUCGACCCCAACUCCCUCGGCACCAUGAAGCUGCCCCUGCUCGCCCUGCUCGGCGCCGCGCUGCUUGUCGGCGAUGCCAGCGCCAGCCUUGGAUCCGGCGUCGGCUUUGAGCGCCGACACCACAUUGCUGCCGACCGGCGCGCACUCGACGUCAGCUUUGCGCCGACGCUCUUCAACGGCGCCAUGCUGACGCUGCAGAAGGCCACGUCCAACACCUGGCACGGCAAGACCAACAUGCGCAUCACCGCCAAGCCGCACGACGGCCCGCGCCCGGCGUCGCCGCCGCACGCCGACAGCCCCAAGACGGGCGGGCCGGGCAUGAAGCGCGGCUGGAAGGAGGCGACGCGCAAGGCCAGCGCGGCCGUCGCCCAGCUCUCGCUCGAGGAGCGCGUGCAGCUCAUGACAGGCGUCGGCUGGGAGGUGGGGCCGAAGCCGCGCUGCGUGGGCGACAUUGCCGGCAUCGAGCGCAUCGGCUUCAAGGGUCUCUGCCUCGAAGACUCGCCGCUGGGCGUGCGUUUCGCCGACCUCGUCAGCGUCUUUCCCUCGGGCCUCUCGACGGCGGCCACCUUCUCCAAGGCGCUCGCCUACGCGCGCGGCCGCGCCAUGGGCGAGGAGCACCGCCUCAAGGGCGUCAAUGUGCAACUGGGGCCGGGCAUGAACAUGCACCGCGCGCCCGCCGCGGGGCGCAACUGGGAGAUGAACGGAGCCGACCCCUACCUCUCCGGCGAGGCGGCGUACUACACGACCAAGGGCAUCCAGGACGCCGGCGUGCAGGCGUGCGCCAAGCACUGGCUGGGCAACGAGCAGGAGAUCAACCGCAACAGCUACAGCUCGAACAUCGACGACCGCACGUCGCGCGAGAUCUACGAGCAUCCCUUCCUGCGCGCCGUGCAGGCGGAUGUCGCGUCGGUGAUGAGUUCCUACAACCUCGUCAACCAGUCGUGGUCGACGCAGAACGAGGACACGCAGAACCGACGCCUUAAGAAGGAGAUGGGCUUCGCCGGCUGGAUCGUCAGCGACUGGGGCGCGCAGCAUUCGGGCGUCGCCAGUGUGUUAGCUGGCCUCGAUCAGACUAUGCCGGGGCAGCUGCAGUGCUGCUCGAAGGAAUUCACGGGCAGCUUCUGGGGCGCCAACCUCACGAUGGCCGUCAACAACGGCUCGGUGCCUGCCGAGCGCGUGCAGGAUGCGGCGACGCGCAUCCUCGCCGGCUGGUACCUGCUGGGCCAGGACAAGGACUACCCGCGCCCCAACUUCGACGCCUUCGAUCCCUUCUACGGCGCCCACCUCAACGCCAUCAACGACGCGCGCACCGCCGUCUCGCGCGAGGUCGCCACGGCCGGCCAGGUGCUGCUGAAGAACAAGAAGGGCGCACUGCCGUUCAAGAAGCUGCGCAAGCUCGCCAUCGUCGGCUCGGAUGCCGCGCCGGCGCAGGGCGGUGCCAACGGCUUCUCUGAUCGCGGAGGCGUGGACGGCGUCGUGGGCAUCGGCUGGGGCUCGGGCACGGCAGACUACGCCUCGCUCAUCUCGCCGUACGAGGCGCUGCAGCGCCGGGCGCGCAAGGAGGGCACCGGCUUUGCGUGGUCGUUCCUCGACUUUGACACGCAGCGCGCCGCCAAGAUCAGCGACGGGCGUCUCGGUGUUGAUGCUGCCGUAGUCUUUGUCCACAGCGACUCGGGCGAGGGCUACAUCACCGUCGACGGCAACGCGGGCGACCGCAACAACCUGACACUCUGGGCCAACGGCGACGAGCUCAUCCAGGCCGUCGCCGCCGUCAACUCCAACACAAUCGUCGUGAUGCACUCGCCGGGCCAGGUCGACAUGGAGCGCUUCGCCGACCACCCAAACGUCACCGCCAUCAUCCAGGCGCACAUGCCCGGCUCCGAGGCGGGCCACGCCAUCGCCGACGUGCUCUACGGCGACGCCAACCCGUCGGGCCGCCUGCCGUACACGAUCGCCAGGAAGCGCUCCGACUACUCGGCCGACGUCAUCUACUUCGGGCUGCCCGAUACGCCCGAGUCGACGCCGCAAGCGCAGAUCGACUACACUGAGAAGCUUGAAAUUGACUACCGCCACUUCGACGCCAAGAACAUCGAGCCGCGCUACGAGUUCGGCUACGGCCUCUCGUACACCAAGUGGGCGUACAGCGGCGCCAAGGGCAAAUGGCUCACAGCCGACGCAUGGAACAGCCGCGAGUGGUCGUGGCCGAUCCCCGACUGGCUCUUCGAGCCGGCGUACGAGGUCUCGUUCCACGUCAAGAACGCGGGCGCGCGCGACGGCCACGUCGUACCGCAGGUGUACCUCGGCUUCCCCGCCGAGGCGGGCGAGCCGCCCAAGGUGCUGCGUCUCUUUGACCGUGUGGCACUGAAGGCGGGCGAGAGCAAGAAGAUCACCUGGACGCUGUCGCGCUACGACCUGUCCUUCUGGGACACCGUCAAGCAAAGGUGGGUGCACCCCGAGAGCAAGCAGUACACGCUCUACAUCGGCGACUCGUCGCGCGACAUUCGCCUCACGCUCAAGACCUGAGCGCCGCGCUGCACCUUCUCUCUUCGUCACCCGUCCCCAUCCCCUUGCUCCGUCCCGCACCUCUCUGUGCACCUACUGCCCCUUCUAGCCGCCUUGGUAGCCUGUUCGACAAUUGCGGCCGAGCUGCAGAUCAUGCCAU